UACAUGAGGGACACACGCUUCAGUACUGCAAGUCCACCACCGUCCGCUGCUUUAUGCCUGUUUUGAAGAAGCUCUGAUUUUUUUUUUUUUCCCAGCAGAUGAAAAGUGGCAUGUCUAUCAGACAGUCAUGCUAGAUGUGUUAAUAAUAGGCGGUGGCCCUCAUGCCUUGACCCUGGCGAGCUUGCUCUACAGCCCUGACCCUGAUCAAGACUCUGAUGGUGAAGAUGACUCUCUCACCUCCACCCCCAUUCUCUCAAACUUUGAAAAAUUCAAGCCCAAACCCUACAAAAAAAGGAGGAAGAGAAGGACAGCAGCAGGACAGACCACUAUGGAGCAAACCACAAGGCCAACAUUGCCAGAAAGCACUGUUUACCCCCCACUUAGCAUCCUGGUGGUAGAUACCUAUGGAGAAUGGGCAGCUCUGUGGGAAAGCCAGUUUACAGCUCUGAACAUCCCUCACCUUCGCUCACACACACUGGUGCACACAGACCCUUUCAAUAAGAAUGCUCUUCAGGAGUUUGUUCUCAAGAACAAUCGCUCAGCAGAGCUUCACAGCCUUCCAGAUCAUGUUCACAUUCUGGAUGAAAAUGCGUUCUUCAAUGAUAUGCGGCUCGGCAAAAAGGAGAAGAGACGUCUGAAUAUCCCCUCAACGCUAAAAAAGAGUUCUUCCUUCAGUUUACCAGGAACUAAACUCAUUGUGGAUUUUUUUAAAGAGCAGGUAAGGAGAUACAAAUUAGACAAAAUAAUGGUGAAGGGAACGGUGGAAAAAAUCAUUCCUGUAACCGGGGACACAAAAGGAGUGGAAGGAGACCAGAAAGCCCCAAGUAUGACUGUCAGAGAGACUGAAAAGGUGAAUGGUGAAUCAAGACAGAAAAUCCAACAUUUUUGCGUCGAACUUCAGGAUGGAAGAACCUUAAAAGCCCGGCAGGUUGUUUUGGCAACAGGUCCAACUCGUUCUCAAAUGUCCAACAUCCCUGAAUGGGUUGAAAACAUUGGAGAGAGUUACCCUGAGGGACGACUGCAACACACAGUUCAUCUUAUGCACAACCUGCCAAACUCUAAGCAAAGACACCUGGAAACAGAAAUUCAGAAGCAGGAGGAGACUUCGGCCAAUCAAGUAUGUGAGGCAGGGCAGAGAGUAAUGGUAGUUGGUGGAGGUCUGACCAGCGCUCAUGUCGUCUCAAUUGCCCUGCAGCAAGGGGCCAGCCAUGUGACAUGGGUCAUGAGAAAACACCUGCAGCUGAAACAAUUUGAUGUCGGUGACGUGGAGAGUCUGGUAGGCCGUUACUCUCAUGUGGAGCAUGGCAUAAAGAUGGAUGGCCAGGCCUACCUACGGCAGUUCUAUAAUGAACGCAGCCUUCACAAACGUCUGGCUAUGAUACGCCAGGCAAGGAAAGGAGGCGCCAUCACCCCAGAGGCAUACAUCCACCUUCAGCCAUCCAUAGAGAGUGGACAGGUGGAGCUGAAGACAUUCUGCCAGGUGAACGAGGCCAGCUGGUGUUACAGGUCCCAAACCUGGAAUCUGUCCCUCAGCUCUGGGGACCAAUGGACUGGAGAUAGGAUCUGGCUCGCAACUGGCUGCAAACUUGAUGUGAAACAGGACCCACUUCUUUCUGAUGUAAUGAAGAAAUUCCCGAUACAGGUGGUUGAUGGUUGGCCUUGUAUAUUAGAAAGCUUACAGUGGAUGGAAGGAUGCCCACUCUACCUGAUGGGACAGUACACUGCUCUUCAGAUUGGACCUCAUGCUGUAAAUCUAGCUGGAGGACAGGCUGCAAGCAUGAGAAUUGCCAAGGACAUUGUGCAUUACCAGAAGCAAAACAGAGAACAGGAUCCUCAAAUAGGACAAGUCAAAUCCAGAAUUGAAGAAUAUAUCAAGCAGAUGGAAGGACUUUUUUGGCUUUGAUUUUCCCCUUUUAACUUUCAGAUGUCAUUGAAAUAUAAGCUUCAUCUGUAACAUAUAGUAAUCAAUUGGUAUUCUAUAACAUGAUUAUGAGGGGCAUGAUUCAGAGGAGGACAUCAUGAACGUCAUAAAAUUGAAAAAGUAAAAAAAGGCCCCUUUGAUUGUGUUAUUAAGUUGUUUUCCAGUAUUGUGAUGUUUUGAAUUUUAGGAUUUUUUGUUUUGUUUUGUUUUUUGUGUUUUAUUUCGAUUUUCUUGUGGAUGUUCUGCAUUUUAUUUAUUCUUUAUUUUUCUAUUGUUUUACUGUUACCAGCUGGCAUUUUGACACAAAGCCCCUCUGGAGUCAAUAUAAAGUAGUUGUGUUGAAUUUUGUUUACAUUUUUUAAGUUUAAUCAAUGAAAUAGAAAAGUUGAAAUCACGAUUGAAAUAAUGAUGAUUACCCAUACAACUGGUUAACAUAUCAAUGCUGAAUCAAAGGUGAGUAAACACCAUUUCAACUGUUAUUUAAAAAACAAAGUGGGUAUUAUAUACCAGCUGUUUGCUAAAACCUUUUAUUGUGUUUUUGUGUGAAUGAAAGAAAAUAAAGA